GGGUUGGGCUCACCCCACAAAGCGAAAGCCACAGACACUCUCUACUUGUAAGGCUGAGAGUAGCCAAAACCAAAGAAAGCAGCCAAAGCAACAAUGUUCUGAUAUCCUCAAGCUUUCCUCGCACCAAAAAACCAAAUGUCUUCCAUGGCCUUGUUUUCUCCGCCCACCCAUUUCCCAACUCUCUCUCCUUCUUCUUCCCUUUCCAAAACCCAGUUCUCCCACAAGCCCCAUCUUCUUUUCAGACCCAAGUAUCCUCUUCUUUUUCGCCUCAAGGCCUCGGCCGACAAUGGAGCCGGAGCCCCCGGCUCGGCCGCCGCCACCGCCGUGGAGGAUCCCAAGGCGCCUCCGAAGGUUCCGGAACCUUCCGAGAGCUCCGACGGGGCAAAUGGGCUGGUGCCUCCAGCCCCUGAAGUGGGAGUUUUGAGCAAGUUUGAAGACCCCAAAUGGGUCAAUGGGACUUGGGACUUGACCCAGUUUCAGAAAGAUGGAAAGACUGAUUGGGACGCUGUCAUUGAUGCUGAGGCCAGGAGAAGAAAAUGGUUUGAGGACAACCCGGAAUCAUCCAGUAACGAGAACCCAAUAGUUUUCGACACCUCCAUCAUUCCUUGGUGGGCAUGGAUAAAAAGAUAUCACCUACCUGAAGCUGAACUCCUAAAUGGCCGUGCCGCUAUGGUAGGGUUUUUCAUGGCUUAUUUUGUUGAUAGCUUGACGGGAGUCGGUCUGGUCGAUCAAAUGGGCAACUUCUUCUGCAAAACCUUGUUGUUCAUAGCAGUGGCCGGGGUGCUUCUAAUUCGAAAGAAUGAGGACAUCGAAACGAUUAAGAAGCUGCUGGAAGAAACGACCUUUUAUGACAAGCAAUGGCAAGCGACCUGGCAGGACGAGAACAAGAUUGAGUAGCUAGAAAUUGUUCCGGAGUUUGGCUUUAAUGGAAUUACAUUGUUGUCGUCAGUUUUCCCUUUUGUAUUUACCUGUAAUUUUCUCGCGUUAGUUAAAGACUUGAAAUAUCUGCUUCUGUUAA